AUGGCAGAACGGGCUCCUCGGAAUGAAAGUCUAACGGAUCUUGUGCGCUUUUUUCAAACCCAGAAUGCCCCUUUGGAUAGUACCACCACCGCCCUGCCGGCGGUGAAAUCCCCCAAGCAGCCCUCGGAGCAAAUUGCAAAGGAGCUGAAGCCCUUGCACCGACGUCUGCUGCAAUUCACCCAGCGCCAAAAGAAAGAACCCUCGUCAACAAAAUCGAAGCAAGAUGAGCAUCAGCGACAAAUUGAAGCGCUCCAGCGCGAAGGAUACCUCCUUCCGGCGCAAUCGAAAUCAAAAGAUCCAAAGAAUAGCCUGGAACGAACCUCGUCGAAAACGUCAAAAGCAUCGAAGACGUCCAAAUCUUCCAGAUCGUCCAAAAAGCCAGACCUCAAGAAGAUUGGCCAGCCAUGGUUGGAGAACAAAGGCCAUAGCAAGACAUCCUCCACCGACACCAAAAGCCGCCUGGCUUCACUGGAUCUGAGCGACUUUGGAUCAAUGGUCGACGUCGCCGUUUCCAUGACGGAAUUCGAUGAUCCUUCGCCUCCGCCGUACCAGAUGCCGACAGCAGACGGGCCUGCUGUCCGAAAUGACCGGGGUGUAUCCUGUCAGUCAGCCCCUGCACUCCCGAUUCCGGGCUCGUCAGAAAGUCGAUCUACCAGCACGGAGGCCGUAACAUACUCAUCAACCUCUCCAGUGGGUUCGAAUACGAAUGUACCAAAGAAUGCGCUUGUCCGACGAGCAUCAAGUUCCAGCAGCUCGAUCGUCCGCAUUGUAGACCAGGAGACUAGGCCGACUUUAAAGAAUUCCACAAGCCAGUCUACUAGUCUACAUACCCUGGACUCAUUCGAUAAGUCCGUCAAGAGUGAACCCAAGCCAGAUCAAAGCACGGAGCAAGCCAACCCCGCUAUCGAUACAUCGAAUAUCAGUUCAAAUGGAGCUCCCUCACAGCACUCACUGAAGCUGUUCCCUGAUGUGGCGCCACCUCGCAUGUCGAGUAAGAAUGCGUGGAGACUUUCAUCAGCGCCUCGAUAUCAGCUGCUUUCUGGCCAAGCCCCCUCUAUCAAACCAAAUGCCUCUGGAGAAGCAAAGGACUUUGUCAAGCCCACAGAAGAAAAGGCUCCAAAGGCUGCCUCUACCUCAAUUGUUCCCAAACAAGAAACCGAGGGGCCGCAAUGUUCUGGUGCAUUGGUACCUCCAGCAUGCUCCGAGUCUACAAGCCCAGACUCCACUGAAUCCAACCCGUCGGAAGACAUCGACAAAAGCCAGAACAAACCAAGGCCUACUCCUUCAUUGGCGAUGGGCACUCUUAAGGCUUUCCCCUUCCGGCACCGACGAAGCCGCUUCCAUCGAUUCCGAAACCGACGCGUGCUCCGCCUGCUACUCCCGAUAAGUCACCCAUCACCCAUCGCAGAGGAUCCGCACGAGCCUGAGUCCCAAGAACUUCGGUGUGCAACUGCACUAGGAUUCGUUGGUGAAGCAGAGUCCGUCAUCGACGAUGACAGCGCGAAGUCACUGAUGUCCAUUGAAAGAUCCCACUCGACUUCACCAGAGCAGCGCACUCCACGGAAGCGUGCCUCCAGUGUCCGAAUCCCCAAGAUGCAGUCUCCAAAUGGCAGUGAUGAGACGACACCCGGACAACCCAUUGCAGACUCACCUGUUCUGGGUCAAAUGAUGCCUACCAAGCUUCAUGGAAAGAGAGCCCCUCGCAAGAGUCUGCAGAUAAAUUCCAAGGUUGACCGCAAGAAUCUCCCCUUCGGUCUUCCUUCUCCCCCUCCGAGUGGCGCCCUCCCGCCAGAUCCAUCGUUGCCAACAUCCCAUGAGCGAUCUCUCGCUCAGCGCAACAUCACCGCUCCCUCAGGCCCAUCCAGUCGUGCCCUGGAGGCAGCAUUUGGUUCAAGUCAUCGCAGCUCGAUGAUCUCACGCAGCAACAGCUCACGGAGCAGCCUUCGCCAUGAGAGCAUUCCGGAAUUCUACGAGGCAAGCCGUUCUGAAUCUCCUCUUCCGUCCUCGGACGACGAAGGCUUUGGUCCCAGCGCCGAUACAGUUCGCACUCGCCGUGUUGCGGAGAAACAGCCAAAGCGUGCUCAACCGGUUCGCCACAAGUACGAGACCGUGGAUGGACGCACUGGUUAUGCUAGACCGCGCUAUCCCCAUCCUAUGAGGUCUCUGACUCCACAGGGUCGCAGCAAUUAUCACGACGCCGACAAGAUUGAGUCACCCAACUCUUUGUACUCACAACCCUCCUACCCUUCACGAGACCCCCAAAGCAGCAGCCAUCGUAUUCAACUGGAGCCGAACCCUUUCUUGGAAGAUCGCAUCGCCAACUUGGAGCGCCAAAACCAGAUCUUGCAGGCUGCUCUUUUGGCUGCUCUCAAUGCCGGUGUGAAGAACAGCGGGAUGGAUGAUCUUCAAGCUGCACUUUCUCCUCCAUUCUCCGCCGCACCUCCACGACCAUACCAACGCCCGCAACACUUACAUCCACGAUACACGUCUCGCCCUGACAGCUGGGUCAGCUCUUCUCGUAGCAGUGAACACAGUGGGUUCGAAACGCCGGGAUCUGUCCGAGACAGUCGAGCUAAUAUCCGCCAGCUGGAUAACAUGAUCGAGGACAUCGAAGCUGGCUGGCUUUCGGAUAAGUCAAGCUUGAGCGGGCCCCGCAUGGCUCGCAAGCGCUGA